UCCAUAGAUGCUGCCUCACCCGCUGAGUUUCGCCAGCAUUUUUGUCUAUCUUCUAUUUUUCCAGCAUCUGCAAUUCUUUCUUAAACCACACUGGUCAUGUCGACGUUCUCUAAUCAUCCUUCUUUGCUGUUUCUACAGCAAGGACAAACACCCCUCCACCUGGCUGCGGAGAAUAAUCAUUCAGAGGUCGUGAAACUCUUCCUCAAGCAAAAGCCUGAAUUGGUGAUGUCGGCAAACGUGGAGGGGUCCACUUGUGCGCAUAUUGCCGCUUCAAAGGGGAGUGUUGCCGUGAUAAAGGAACUGCUGAAGUUCAACAAAGCUGGAGUUACCACUGCUCGGAAUAAGAAUAAAGACUCCAGCCCAAUCCACCUUGCGGCUGCUGGAGGUCAUGCUGAGGUUGUUAAAGUGUUGUUGGAAGCUGGUGCUUCUGCCACUGAUGAGGAUGCAGAGGGAAUGAAUGCAGUUCAUUUGGCUGCCAAAAACGGACACAUUAAUGUCCUUGAAGCUCUGAAAGGUGCUAUAUCCUUUAAAAUAACCAGUACAAAGACUGGAUUCACAGCCCUUCAUGUGGCUGCACACUUUGGCCAGAUGGACUUUGUGAGGGAGAUUCUCACCAAGAUGUCGGCAACUAUACGCAGCGAGAUCCCAAAGACUGCGAUCGAGGGACUUCCAUCGAAAGAGCAACCAAGCGAGGUAAUAAAAGUUGUGACCCUUACAUCAUAUGGGUUAGCUGAUUAUGAACAACAAGCUAAGCCACAAUGACCCAGCCUUCAUUUAUCAUGCUCAAUCAUAGGACAGCCUAGUCUUCCAAGUCCUCUCAGGGACAGAUAAAUCCUUUAAGGGCGGCACAGUGGCACCGCAGUAGAGUUGCUGCCUUUCAACGCCAGAGACCCAGAUUCGAUCCUGUCUAUGGGU